UAUAAUGUAAAUAUGCUUAAUAAUUCAGUCCAUUUAAUUAUUUCACAAUAACUCUUUUUUGUGACAACAAGUGACUGUUCUUGCAUGUUCUGUACAUAUAAACAUCUGUACAGUAAUUGGUAACUUCAAGAAGCAAAAUGUUGGUCAUAUUUUCCCCCUGUGUGUCUGCUAAUGGAAACCACUUUCACAUCAGUUACGAUAAAACAUACACUAGAAUAAUCAACUUUCUGAUGACUGAAGAUGAAAACAUGUAAAGUGUGUUGCACUUUCUGACUACAUCAUUCACCUGUAGUGUUAUUAGUUUUGAAUUUAAAUGACAUUUUCUAUGAAAACCACCACUGCCUCUCAUCGUUUUCUCUUUUUCUGAUUUGACCUUUAAGUCCUUCCACCAUCUGCUGCUCUGUGCCGCUAAAUGACAAAAACCCGAUCGUGUCUGACAGGUGCGGCCGCCACAUGUGGCAUACGAUGCAACACGCAAAACCUUAAAUCACCUGAAUGAUGAAGAUGUUAACGUGAUCUAAAGACCAUUUAGCUGUCAUAUACACAAAACUGUGACGUGACAAUGUGCACAAGCCCUUGUCCCAGUUAACAAAGAACAUCGCUCACGCUACAUAAAAUCCCAAAUCCCCUCGCCCCAUAUUUGAUCGAGUAAAAAAAGUCAACAUCACACCACCACCAAGGCCACUGUUCCAUUUAGCUAAAUAAAAGAGCUGGAAGCCCUUGGCCUAUUUUUCAAUGUUUAACACAGCCGUUAAGAGUUUGCAGCUAUUACUUUCACUCCCAAGGACCUCUGGCUUGUUCCACUGAAUCCCUCAACACAGGAAGGAUUAGUUUCAUUUCACUAUAAUGCAUUUAUUUUCAGAUAACGCUACAAGAACGACUGCAAAACAGCUAAUCUCAGAGGCCUUUAGUUUUCAUGCUCCAGCAGCUGACAGAUAGAGAUCAGUGAGGCCAACAGACCGGGGUACUGACUGCACUCCUGUAUCUCCACAGCUAGAGGGAGCUGUAGGUUUACUGCUGGAUUAUGUUCUCUAUGGUGUUGUCUUGGUGAAUGUGUUGACUGCAGCAGGCGGAGACAGAGCAGGAAGACAGGAAGUGAAGAUACAAGAGGCCAGUUGUCCCAAACACAAGUCACUGCACUGAUGGGACUGUUAGUGUGAAACAUCAGGGUGCUGUUCCUGAGAUGCUGCCAUAAAUCUGGAUCGGUCUCCAGUUGAUUGUAGAACUCGACAUGGGCCAACUAUUCUCAUCAGAGGAAGAACUUUCUCAAGCGAAGGAUGCGAUUGGUUCGGUCCUAUACGACGCCAUGCUGGAAGGCGGCGCCGUACCCGACCUUGGAGUCGUCCAUCCCGUUCUUCUAGUCAAUCAUGAUGAGGGUUUUGCCACCCAGGCUUCCCUCCAGGAACAACUGAAGCAGCUGCAGGGCGACAUCGGGAGCCGGGCGCCCACCUACCUGAGGGACCUGAUUGGCCGACUGUCGGCCUUCUCGGACGAGCCUCGCCUGGCCGGCCUGGUGGGGCUGGUGGUUACCAUGGUGAUGGACAUGGCCUACACAUCAUCCAAACAGCCAUCAGGUGUGAAGGGGAGGUCAGCGGGGUCAUCGUCGAGCCAGAGAGUGUGGGAGCUGCAGGAGGUGAUGGAGGAGUAUCUGAAGCGCUGCAGGAUCAGCCUGAGUGAUAAAAACAAGCUGAUCCAGGACUCUGUCAGACUGGAGGCCCAGCUCAGCCUCGUCCUCACCCAGCUGAAGACCUGUCUGCUGGGAGGAGACUGUGACUCCAGAUGUCUGAGACACUGGGCCAGCGGAGCAGCAUUUCACACCCAGAUGUUGGUACAUCUGGCUGUUCUUGAGGGGAAAGCAGAGCCUUUAUCUGCCAGAGCAGCUCUGGAGCAAUACAAAGAAGACCUGGCGCAGAUUCUACCUGCUUACAGGCGCUACAAGUUGAAUACAAUAAGUGUCGUGAAAUGUCGAGGAGGUCUUCUGGAAGGAUGUGACGCCUCUGGAGAGGUUUCAGAGGACGGCAACAUGACGGGAAUCACUGUGACGGACAGAGAGACAGGACAGAGUGUGACCAUCCCUCUAUCCAGCAUGGAGACAGAGACAGGGAGAAGAAGGAGAGUCUGUGAGCCUGAUGACGCCUCUAAAACCGUGCCCUCCUCCCUGAACAUGGACCUGAUCACCUCAGAUCAGUACGCUCAGGCCUACCUGGACCGCCUCUUCUCCAAUGAAGGACCGGUGGCGGAGCUGCAGAACUACUUCACCAAAGCUAGCGAGAAUCUGAACACGCUAAGAUGCACAAACAAGAAGAAGCUGAGAAAUGAGACAGAACAAAGUGAAGGAGAAGAUCUCAAAGACCAGACAGAAGGAACAAAAGCAGAACAAAGAGGGGAAAGUAGAGGAAGACGAGAGGAGACAGAGGAACGCAAUCAAAGGGAUGAAAGUUUGAAACUGAGUAUUGUGGAGACGCAGCCUGAAGAAAGCCUCGGUCACAGUCAGGACGGUGCAACCAGCGAAUAAAACCACAGCAGCUGAAUCACAGGAGGUCAGUCCUCCACUGAAGAAGAGCUACACUCAGAAACAUGAAAGAAUUCUGCAGUUUGAGGUGAACUUUUGAAGCAGAUGAUGAAUUUCAUUAAAUGUUCAUGAGAAAAACAAA